UAUGUCUUUAACGUUGGAUAAUCUUUGAUAUCUUUGAAGUUCUAAAUUUGUAAACACCUACUUGUAAUUCAAUAUUUCUGAAUGCAAUGAAUACAUAUUCAAUAGUUUAUAGCAAUUAUACAACUAGGAUCAUUUUUAACAUGGAUUAUGAAAACUCGUUAAGUAGUUAAGAAAUAACUGUAAUGCUUUAUUAAUACAAAUGCUGUUUUCUUCUUGGAUUCAAGUGUCGUGUUUGUGAUAAAGGAUGAUUAUUUUAGCUGCAGUGGGAGUGGACUUUAAUCUUCUUUCUGUUGUUACCUUCGUAUUUCAUUUACCAUCGGUUGCCAUGGUGGAACCGGUACCAGUAAUUGUUCUACACCGCAAAGUCCACAACGACAAACACGUCACACAAUGCCAUUCUGGUUACUACAAAGAUCAAUCAAGAAGUCAGGCUCAUUGUAGAAAAUGUUCGGUGUGCCCCAGGGGCUACAUAGAAAAACAAGCGUGUACCCUGACAAAUAACACAGCAUGUGAGCAAUGCUCUGUUGGAACGUUUCAAGAUAGGAGAGGAGGAGGCUGCAAAGAAUGUUCAAAGUGCGGGAAAGGGGAGUUUGUUAGAAGACCUUGUAGACCAUACAAGAACACAAUAUGUAAGGCAUGUCCUGAUGGGACCUUCUCUGACGAUGGAAGUAGAUGGGCGUGUAAAUAUUGCCAACGUUGUUUGGGUUAUCAAAUUGAGCUGCAACAGUGUACGCAAACACAAGAUGCAACAUGUGGUGAAGGUUUUGUAAACAAACUAGAUCGAGAGGAGCGGGGUGAUAAUCCGGAGGAAGACUUGGAAUACAAUGUGCAUACACGUGUGACACUGGUUGCUACUUGUGCCGUUUUGUCGUCGUUGUUUUUGAUAUUUUUAUUGGCAUUUGUGUUACAAACUUAUGAUAAGUAUGCACAUUCCUUUUUAUUUCAGGUUUAUUAAAAUGUGAUAAACUUGAUAAAAAGCAACGAAAUAAACAGAGGAAACUGAAUAUGGAUUUCAUAAGAAAACAAAAAAUCAUGAAUAAAAGUAAUGUAGAUUAA